AUGGAGAAGAUUUUUCGUGCCUUACCCUGCACAGAAGAACAGAAAGUAUCCUUCGCCACUUUCACCUUCAAGGAAGAUGCGCAAGAAUGGUGGCUUGUCACCUUAGAAAAAGAAGAGAUCGUGACUUGGGCGAGAUUCUUGGAGGUGUUCUAUGAAAAGUAUUUUCCAGAAUCACUACCGGAGCAGAAGGCAUCCGAGUUCCUACAUUUGAGGCAAGGAACAAUGUCGGUGGCGGAGUACGAAAGUAAGUUCACACGACUAGCACGAUUUGCACCAUAUGUUAUUCCGACAGAAGCCCGAAAAACAAGGAAAUUCGAAGCAGGAUUAGAUGCGGAAAUCAAAGAUAGGCUUGAGGUUCUAAAACUACCAACCUAUGCAGAGGUGGUGGAUCGAACAUAUAUCGCCGAAAAAGGAAUUAAAACCACACGUUCCAGUGAAAUGGGUCAAAAGAGACGGUUUUGGGAACCAGUCGGAGGAUCAAAGGCAGCCCCACCAAAGAAAGUAAAUUUUGGAUCUACUAGCUCAACUGGUUCGGCCAACCAAGGUUUUACUAUUCCCAAGGGUAGCACCAUUCCAAAUUGUAGGAGUUGCGGAAAGGCUCAUAGGGGACAGUGCUUUCGCUCAGAAACUAGAAACCGCCACAGGAGGGAAGAAGGAACAGGGAUGCCAAGAGCUUUUGCGUUAGUACCUAGAAACUCCAAUGCUACGGAGAACGUUGUGACAGGUACACUUUCUGUCUGUGGUCACUUAGCUCGUGUUCUCUUUGACUCUGGUUCCACUCAUUCGUUUGUGGCACCACACUUUGUUUCCAAGUUAACAUCAACACCUGAACCAUUGGGAUAUGCAUUAUCUGUGGCUUUUCCAUUUGGUGUCACCGCACUUAGUACAAAGGUAUACAAGUCUUGUGUUAUAUCCUUAAAGGAUGAAACCUUGUAUGUAGAUCUAAUUCCACUCUGCAUUAGUAGCUUCGACAUAAUCUUAGGGAUAUAUUGGCUUGCUGCCAACCAUGCCUCUAUAGACUGUACGACCAAAAAGAUCUUUCUUCGGUUACCCGACCAACGCGAGCUGGUUUUCGAAGGAACUGGAGUUUCUACCCCUCCGUAUAUGAUAUCCUCCGUGAUAGCCCAUCAAAUUUUGAGAAAAGGUUGUGGUGGUUGUAUUUUUUAUGUGGUUGACGCUCAACAAAUAAACCCAACGCUCGAUUCAAUACCGGUCGUUCGAGAAUUUCCUAAUGUUUUCCCUGAAGACUUACCUGGUACCUUAGUUGAUCGCGAAAUCGAGUUCACCAUCGACACUCAACCCAAUGCACAACCAAUCUCCAAAACUCCUUACCGCAUGUCAUUGACGGAAUUGAAGGAACUAAAAACCCAACUCUAG